CUCAAAAUUGAAAAAUCGCGGACGGAACUAAAGCGGAACGCCAAGCGCGGAAAGAAUUUCAUAAUCAAAAGUUAAUCGCAAGCCACGCAAAUCAGUGCCAGCACCAACAAAUAAAAAAGUGCGAAAAAGCCACAUACAAACAGCAAAAACAAAAAUCCACACAGAAACAGUGUCAAGUCAAGUCGAAGCUAACAGCUCGAAAAUUAAUCAAACACCAAACCACACAAAACCACUGGAUUAUAACAACAAAAUGGUCGUCGAGGAUACCUGCAUCAUGCACCAAUUGGACCGCGAGCUCGAGAUGGAGCUGAACAUCGAUCUGGCCAUGGAGUGUGCCCCCAUCGGGCACACCGUGAAGGCGGCCCUGCGCCGGGCUUAUAGCGAGUCCCGGGUGAUCGUGGGCCUGUCCGCCGCCAUCAACGUGCUCUCCAAGUCACCGGAGGGCUCGCUCUUCUGCCUGAUGGCCGUGCCCAAGGACGGCGACUCCGCCACCCACAUGCACGAGGUGCUGCUGGAGGCCUUCUGCUAUGAGAACGACAUCUAUGUCAUCAAGGUGGACGACGCCACCAAGCUGAGCCGCAUUCUCGGCCAGGAGACCGUCGAGUCAUGCUGCCUGGUCCAGAAGGUCUGGGACUCUGCCGACUCUGACGACGAGGAGCAGCUGACCAAGGCCGAGAGCCAGCUGGUCGACUACUGCGAGGCCCACUGGGACGCCCCCAAGCAUCCCAUUGUCCAGCUGCCCGCCGUGUAGAUGCCGCUGUUGCCGCUACCUUUAAUUGAACAAGCCCGAGCACAGUGGGCCAGCCGAGGGUAAAACCAGCUAAAAACACAAUGAGGAGCAACCAGUAUCCCAAAAACCAGUUGCUGGGGUUGAUGCACCCGAACGUCUUGGACAGUUCCCGAUGGGAAACCGACGAUGAGGGAUCGCCCCGUAUAUACGUACAUAUAUGUAUAGGAUAUAUAUAUAGCCUAACGGUACGCGCAUAGAGGGAGGAGGAGCUGCAGCGCCUUGGCGGAUAAUCGAAACUGAAAGGCGACCUUCGGGUUGUGGAACCUGCAGUCGAGAUACCCGCGGAAGUUGCAUACAUACACCCAACACAGCAUCUUAAACACACACACACAGCGGCGCGUGACCAGCUGCCGCCUGACACAAACACACACUACGUAUACGCAAUUUGCCUUUGUAUAAUUUGUUCGCCUUAAGCGACGCGCAAAUUUGCUGAUAAUGACAAUUAUUCUGUACGCCGUAAAUUGUAAAUUACCUCUAAGAGGAGAGCAGCGAAGUACGCCGGAAUUGCGUGUAGCAUUUAAAGUUUUGUUAUGUUAGCUUUUCCCCAAAACAAGAUGUAAUCCAA